AUGAUUUUAUCGACAAAUAGAUACGUGCCAGUUUUUCUCGCACUUCUGUGCAUCCGUUACGAAGUAACAACUUUUAGCAACAAUUCGGACGUCGGAAAAAUGAUAAAUGGCAUGUAUAAGAUGUGGCACUGCAUGACGUCCGACGAGCACAUCACUCCGAACGAGCAAAAUGUUCUGUUCCGACUAUACACCCGCAACAACAAAGAUCAGUCAGAGUUGCUGAGCCUGAACAACGGAGAAGAGGUGGAAGCUCUUCGUUUGAAAGUGAUGCGAAAAAAACGUGGAAUACCCCAACAACUGAGCAAAGACGCCAUUAUUCAGUCAGAAUAUUUCAUCGUCAAUGCAGACAUCAAGAUCCUGAUCCAUGGCUAUUCGGAAACAAUUUCAAACACAAAGAUGAUAGACAUAAAAAACGUCUACCUGGAAAAAGGUGAGUAUAACAUAAUCGUGGUGGACUGGGGUGCCUUGGCAAACAGUACGUGUUACAUCGACGCUGCCAGGGCUGUCUCCAAAGUUGGAGACAUGAUUGGGCGACUUCUGGACCAGCUAAUCCUCUCCGGAGUGCCCUUGACCUCAAUUCACAUAAUCGGUUUCAGCCUUGGUGCUCACGUCGCUGGAUUCGCUGGUAAAAACGUCAAGCUAGGUGUCAUCGAAAGAAUCACAGGUCUGGACCCGGCUUUACCGAUGUUUAUCGCAAAGGAUUCUGCCAAACGAUUACACCAAACUGAUGCUGUGUAUGUAGACAUCAUUCACACGUGUGCGGGAACUCUUGGCAUCAAGAGCCAUAUCGGGCAUGCGGACUUUUAUCCCAACGGUGGAUCGGACCAAUCAGGAUGCUGCAACGUGUUGUGUUCACAUAGUCGUGCUCCCAUUUACUAUUUUGAAUCUAUUCGUCGACCAACUGGGUUCAGAGCAGUUCGCUGCGGUUCGUGGAAACAUUUCUCACAUGGUGACUGUGACUCGAAUCCCUACGCAUUGAUGGGCGAUGCCAGCAAUAUUAGAAACCGAGGCACAUUUUACCUCAGAACAUCGAACGCCACACCUUACUGUCUAGAUAUCCACAACCUCGAAACCUAAUCAAAAAGUCUACGAAGCAAUACCGAUUCUUUCGCAAUUUCGACCAUCGAACCUUCGUAACUAGCCGGUAGCAGCCCUGCAUACAGAUUUUUACCGCACAAAGCAGAUUCGUUAAAUCAUGAAAAUCACAAACCUCUCGAUGGUUCGCUAAAAAUGCUAAAAAAGUAAUCGGUAUCGUGCUCGUAAUAGGCACACGAAACCCUUUCACGUGCAAGCUCCCCCAGCCGUGUGCACUUCGCUGAUCCA